GGGCACGUCAUCUGACUUUAGCAGGCAGGCUGGCAGGAAAAAGUGGGUGUUGUUGUGAUGUUUAGUGCGAUGCGUCUUCAUGCCUGUUUCUAAACACAUGAGCAGCGGUUCACUUUGUUUACUGACUGCAGUGGAGCGGACGGCCAAGGAGAGCAACAUCAGCAGCGGAGCCGCGCAGGGCAGCGCUGCGGCGGGGAGCUAACCCAGCUAGACUCGGUGACGCUGACGGCAGCCCGGAGCAGGGAGGAGGGAGAGCCGCGUCGGGUCGGUCAAACAUGGGUUUCCGCAAGAAGAACAAGAGCCCACCGGUGCUGAGCCACGAGUUUGUCAUCCAGAAUCACGCCGAUAUGGUUUCGUGUUUGGCCAUGAUCAUUCUCCUCGGCCUGAUGUUCGAGGUGACAGCAAAGUUUGCCAUCAUGUUCAUCACCGUCCAGUACAACGUAACACAAGUUCUCGAUGAGAAGACCGAGCCAGUGAACCUUUACCAGUACGGCCCCAAAGAUGUGGCCACCGUGUUUUUCUACCUGCUCAUCGCCGUCAUACUCCACGCCUUGAUACAGGAAUACAUUCUCGACAAAAUGAAUCGGAGGUUGCACCUGUCGAAAACCAAACACAGCAAGUUCAACGAGUCGGGGCAGCUUGCCGCCUUCUACUUAUUCUCCUUCAUCUGGGGCUGCAGCAUCCUGACGGCGGAGGAAUUUGCAACAAAUCCUACUUUCUUAUGGGAGGGUUACCCACACACCCACAUGGUUUUUCAGGUCAAGUUCUUCUACAUUUGCCAAAUUGCCUAUUGGCUCCAUGCACUUCCUGAGCUGUACUUUCAAAAAGUACGAAAGGAGGACAUUCCCCGCCAGCUCUAUUACAUUUGCCUUUAUGUUGUCCACAUCACCGGUGCCUAUGUCUUAAACCUCCACCGACUGGGCCUGGUGCUGCUGGUCCCUCACUACCUGGUGGAGCUCCUGUUCCACGCUUCACGCCUCUUCUACUUCAGCGACGAGAAUAAGCAGAAAGGUUUUACUCUUUGGGCGCUACUUUUUGUCAUUGCCCGUCUCCUCACCCUCACACUCUCCGUUCUGACUUUUGGAUUUGGGCUGCCCCGUACGGAAAACCAAGGUUUUUCACUGGCAGAAGGCAACUUCAACGUGCUCACCAUCAGGAUGACUUGCCUGGCAGCUAUCUGCCUGACGCAGGCUUGGAUGAUGUGGAAAUUCAUUAACUUCCAGUUGAAAAAGUGGAGGGAGCACAGCCAGAACCAGGCCUCCAAGAAGAGGACGGUCAGCCCAAAGAGCAAGCCUCACAAGAGGGAGCCUGCGAGGGGAGGUGCUGCCAAUGGCGUUGUGAAGUCGGAGGAUAAAACGUCACCACGGGCAAGAAAAGCCAAAGCUUCAUAGAGAUGGAGGAAGUGGGGAAAACAGAGUGAGGGAGUUCUGUCAGUGUGACAUUCUGUCUUUUCAAAACUUCAAAUUCUAUCUGCCGCUCCCCAAAACAACCAUUUAAGCGCACUAAGAAACCUUACAUAACUUUCCCUUUGGGAUUGAAACUCCUGUUUCAAAACUUCUGUGUUACUGUCUGUUAGAAAUGUUUAUUAUUCAUUUGGGUUCUCUGCACAUAGGACGUUGGCAGGGCCGGGUUGGUUUUGAUGCUUUAACAGGAUAGAUUCAGUUCUUCAAAGUGUCCUUUUGUGUAAAAUAAUGAUCACUCGUCGGGUACUUUCAGCUGAGUUGCUCCUCUGUAAUAUGACAUUGACUCAGUCUACAUCACAGUACCUUAAGAUGCAAGUGUAACAUUGUAACUAUAGCGAUUACAGAAUUUUGACGUCAGGGCAACUUUAAUGUAAAGUGUACAGAUUAACUGUACCGGCCAUGCUGAACUGGCCACUGGCUCGUGUCCAAAAAUAUAGCCUUUCUUGCUCUGCAAGACAGCACUUUGGUAUUCUGCUGUUGUCAGGAAAACUUUGUGAAAAGAUUAAUUAAUAGCUAAUUAAUUGAUAGUAACUUAAUAGCUCUAGAAGAAUACUUGUGCUAUUUAGAUAUUUGGUGUAGCUUCACCAGGUAACUGAAUCCCACUGAGCUUAACCCCUUGAUCAUUAAUUAUCAUUAUUUGACCUGCCUCUGCCUAUGAAAUCCAGUAUUUUACAGGAUUGAGGCACUUUCUAUAUUAGUUCAUGUUUAUCACUAGCCUGGCAAUCAGCUUCACCCUGAUACAGGGAGCCAUCUCACCCAGGUUUCCAAACGGAGGCUGUACUGUACCCUGUGAUGCUGUACUGUAUGCCUACAGUUGAAUCUUUAUAAUGGCAUGACGGGGAAUUUGAGCAAGAAAUUGUCUGAAUGAGGCUGCACUUCAGUCUUGUGUAUGAAAAUGUCAAUGCAUGAUGGUUUAAGCUAAAGGCUUUAUGGCUAGUUUCUACCUGUGCUACUGAAUUUUUGUCUCUUUAUCUCUCUCUCUCUAUCUCUCUCACACACACACACAAGUGUUCAGUGGCCUUUUUUUACAACUGCUGCAAGAGGUUUGAGUUAUUUAUUUUUGUCAUAUACUACAGAUAUCUAUUAUUUUCUAUGUUUUGAAAAGCUAUAACCAGCAAAGACAGGACAGAGGUACAUAGCACCUGCUUUCAGUUGAUCCAAACAAUACAAUCCUCCUUCAAGUGUCCUUAUAACGUCAGCAGUCCACGUCACUCGUUCUGCUUCUUUUGCGUUCUGUUUGCCUUCUCUGUUCUGCCUUUUUAUUCCUGGGUAUCAGGGGACAAGCUACUCGCCACUCACACCACAAGUUACAUCCCAUGCUGAAAUGGGAGAUGCGUUCGUGAGCGAGAGUGUGUGUGUGUGUGUGUAUGGCUGUGCACAAGCGUGUGUAGUCUGUAUUAUUUUGCCUACUGUUCAUGUUUGUGGAAUUAACUCGGCCUUGAUGAUGAUGAUGACGACGAUGACGAUGAUGAUGAUGAUGAUUGCUUGUUGCGUACAACACUGUUGCCUGUGUGCAGAGCAUGAAAUGUGACAAUCUGUUUAUCGACUCCAGCCAUGUCUCUUGUACCUCACAGUCACAUCCUGUCGUUUGUUUCCGUUUGUUUUUGGGUGGGUCUCAGUUCCCAACAUGCAUCCGUGUGUGUGAAACACUGAGUUUGUGAAUCGGAAUAUGUUCUAUAGGUUACUAAAUGCUUAUGUGUUCAGUGUCUCUGCCCCUUACACCCCCUUUAUCCUGUGUGAGAGAGACUCUGUGGUUUCUGUUUGCCAAACGUGGCAUGUUUCGGCCUUCCUGCUGCACCUUUCCAGUGAUCCUGACAUUGCUAUGGAAAACGCAUACCGUGCUGUCGGCUCCGUUUCCUCUCAUAGGCCGAGUCCUGCUCUACUGCUAAAGCACUGUGCAUGCAAAGCCCUAUAUUGGAAAACACUGUACUACCUGUGUUGCAGACAGUUGGGAGUUUGGACUUAACGUCUGUUCUUGUUCAUCUUAGAGCCGGGAGUAGAUGAAGAUGCCGUUCAUUUUUUCGCUCCCGUUAGUGCUCCUUAUUGGGAGUGUGGUUGUCUUUUAAAGCCCCUUGUCUGUGUAUGGCAGUGUCAUAGGAGGGAAGGAGGAGCAGAGGAUUUAUGUACCAGCCUGUUACUAAACUGUUUCAGAUGUAAAAGAGAAAAGAAAUCUAUGACUUAACCCUACACUGUACUAAAAUAUGUGUCAGAUUUUUAACCUAUUUUUAUAGGGGGGGAAACUAUUGGAAUUCAUUGUUGUUCAAUACACGUGUGAAUAUUUGUUUUGCAUCCAUAUUGAUAUGAGUUGUUUUUUUUUUUUUAUAUAAGAAUGAAGCUUGCUGAACUGUUAGUGUGGGUACACAUUAUUGUAUGAGUGUAAAAAAAAAAUGACUUAGCCUCAUGAUUUAUUUAACUUCAUGGCCUUACUAGAGCAAAGUGAACUCAAUUGUAUGACAAUGCUCAGUUAACACUUUGUCGCAGGUGUCACAGUUACAUAUUACAUGAUAGUAAAGUACACCAGUAUAACACUAGUCAUCUACACAUCUGUCAAACCCGACGAUCAGAUGAGCAGAUAUUGUGUAUAGUAUUUCAUUUGUUCCAGGCUCCUGCGGGCUGCGGUUGCCUGCUCGCCCGACUUGUGCUUACAGGUGAAAGCUCCAACGCAGCAACUACAAACUGCAUUUUCUAGCCAAGGAAAGCCGGAUCAAACCCCCCCUGUAAGCUUUCCUCACCCAUCAGGUGUCACACAGCGGUCAGCGGACGAUCAGGCUGUGAAACAUGAGCCACAGUGCGGUUCACGCCCCCCUUCUUGACUCGCUGUGAGAUACAGUAGACUGUAUAAUCCCACAGGAAUGCACUUUUUGUAUGAUAUGCAUAAUGUCAGAGCACUGUAACAUUUCCCACCUUGGGUUGUUUCUGCAUUGAUCCUCUUCCAGUUAUCAAUUGGACUCGUUCAAUUAAAAAAAAAAAGUGUGCAUUUUGUGUAAUUUUAUAACAGAGUAAAAAUAAAAAAAGAUGAAUUAGGUGUAUCAACAACCUCUAGGUGGCAACAAUCAUUUCAUUUGAUCAUGAGAACAGCCACAGGAGUCCUGCACAGCAGGCACACAAAUGUUCUUAUCGCGUCCUGAUAUUUCAUUCUGCGUCGUCUUUGAUUUGUUUUCAUUUUGCUGCUUGUUUAUAGAUGUUGUGCUAUAUUCCUUUUCAAAGAUGUUGUCUCUGAAAUGCUCUGAUGGUAUCUAUUUAUGCAAAUUCUUGUGAGUUCUGUUCCUUUAUUUUUCUUUGUCACUUUUUUAUUUCAUUUUUGAAUAAAGCUUUUGUUCAUUAUACAAACUUA